CAAAUCUAAAUUUUAAUCUAGUGAUUACUUAAAAUUAAAAUACACAUUUCAUUAUUUCCAGACAACAUAUUUCUGUAAAUAAAUGAACAUUAAAACCUAUUUAUUAAAGUCAUUAUAAAUUAAAUUUUGGUAUUUUGUAAAGUCAAAUCAUAGUUGCCUGGUAAAUAUAAGUAAAAGUAUUUUUAUUAAACGAUAUAAUCGAGGUUCAGUUCAUAGGAAUUAGAAAGAUGGCACGGGGGCACCAGAAAAUACAAUCACAGGCCAAAGCCGCUGAGAAACAGUCUAAGUUAAAAAAACAACAAGGGCACAGUGCAACAGAGCAAAAGAAAGCUGCACAGAAAGCUCUUGUGCAUGUUUGCAUUAUUUGCAAGGCUCAAAUGCCGGACCCAAAAACUUACAAGCAACACUUUGAAAACAAACAUCCCAAAAAUGAUCUACCGGAAGAUUUGAAAUCUGUCUAAAAGAUACAAACCAUUCAUCAACAUGACACCGACCUCGUGGAGGAGAAUAGAACUCCUAGUUCAGACAAGGAACUAUGACUGUGAGAGCCGGGCCCGUCCGGGACCAAGAGCCAGCUUACGAAAGGUGGAAAUUAUGUUUCAAUAGUCAUUCCAUUGAUUUAUAUUUGUUUGGAAAGCGGUCGGCGACGUCGGCGUCAUGACGGUGAAUGGUGAACAUCUUCUCUUCUUAGAUUUAAUACUUUAUUUAUAAGAAUAGUAAAUACUGUCUAUGUCAACGGACAUUCGCAUUUGUCACUUUCUCUCGCGUGCACGGUCUCGUGUAGUGCGUUCCAUUUAACCGACGGCUCUGAGCACACAAUAAACGAAUUUAUCCUG